AGCUUUUUCACUUUCGCUUUCUCCCUUCACUUCCCUCAGACUGGGAGAUUCUCUCUCCCUGCUCAUAUCCGCCAUUCUACCACCAACUUUCCUUCAGCUCUCCCUCAGAUCUCCUUUAGCUCUCCCUCAGAUCUCCCUCAGCUCUCCUUCAAAUCUCCCUCAGCUCCCGGUUCUCUCUGGAACACGCAGUAAAUGAGAGAAAAUGAUGCUAGGAUAAAGGCCCAGGUGUAGGAGUCGAGCCGCGCUGUCGGAGGUAAAGUUUCCCUACGUGAGUGUGAAUAAUCGAACCGUCCCCUGCUCUAACACCCGGAAGUGUUCCGUGCCGCUGUGAUUCACCAAAACGCGUCUCUCGCUCGAUAAACAACUUCGGCAGAGACGCGGAUUAGGUUCCAGCAUCGUUCAUGAAAAGAAAGGGUUGUGAAAUUGUUUGGUUUCUAAAACACAGCGUUGAACACAGGCUACACAACAACAACCGAGAGGACAGGGAGCUGGUCUAGAGAGGACUCUGCUCUCAGCACACUGCCGGGUUCUUAAGGACAUCUUUUCCCACAGACUGAAAACUCAGAAAAUAAUGUCAGAAUACAGCUAAUGUAAGAGUUGUGUAGAGCAGGAAAGCUCAUUGGUUCUGAUGAUGGGCUGUGUGGGCCAGGAUGGAGCUAAAGCUCCUCUCGAUGCCUGUAGAUUACUCACACUUUACAGAGAACUUUUAGUGGAAAAGGUGAAAAAUACACAAUGCAUUUUAGACAAUCUGAAGAUGAAUGGCUUCAUCUGCAAUGAAGACAUUGAGAUCAUCCAGCGCUCCAUUACUAAAACAGAGCAGGUGCGUAAAAUCCUGGAGUUGGUGCAGAGUAAAGGUAAAGAGGCGUCUGCAUAUUUUAUUCACAUUCUACACCAGGCGUAUGAUGCCUUCAUUGACCUUCGGCCUUGGUUUAACGAAAUUCACUACGCUCCAGCCGAGUGUGUGAUGGACAUACCUGUGAUUAACACAGACCCCAUUAGCAGAUACAGUGAGAAACUCAGGCAGGAACUUAGCAGAGACACUCAGUUCAUCACCUCAUACUCUCAGAAAGAGGAGACACGACUGGAUGAGCUUUAUACAGACACACAGAUGGAAAUCCUGAAUGAGCGAGGGGAGAGCCUGGGAUUUCUGCAGAGUCUGGACGAGAUUCUGGGAGAAGAAGGUGUGUUCAACCAGCUGGCUGAGACCAUCUUCAUCUCAGGUGAUGCUGGAGUGGGAAAAUCCAUUCUGCUCCAGAAACUCCAGAACCUGUGGUCCAAAAGAAAGUUAAACACUAAUGCAAAGUUCUUCUUCACAUUCAGAUGCAGAAUGUUCAGCACCUUUAAGGAGACUGAUGAGAUUUCAGUGAAGGAUCUGAUAUUCAAACACAAUUGUUAUCCAGAUGGAGACCCAGAUGGUGAGGUGUUAAGCUACAUCCUGCGAUUUCCAGAGUCUGUACUUUUCACAUUUGAUGGAUAUGAUGAAAUCCAGUUGGAUUUUGAUUCAGAAAACAUGCCAGAAGUGGUUUCUCCUGAGGAACGAACGCACCCACUUUUGGUUCUCAUGAACCUGCUGAGUGGAAAAUUGCUCAAAGGUUCCAGAAAAAUUCUAACAGCUCGGACCGGCACAGAAAUCCAGAGCAAAGUGAUUCGGAAGAAGGUGUUUUUGAGAGGUUUCUCACCAAAACAUCUCAGAAAAUAUCUGUCUUAUCACUUUCCCCAGCAGGAGCAGAGGGACAGGGUGUCUGUGCAGCUGGACGCGAACCCUCACCUAUGUGGACUCUGCUCUUUCCCUUUGUUCAGCUGGAUCAUUUUCAAGAGCUUUAAGCACCUUCAGAGUGUGUAUGAUGAUGUGGAGCUGCCAGGCUCAUGCGUCACUCUCACAAACAUCUUUCUUCUGCUGUCGGAGGUGUUUCUGAGCCGGAGCAGUAAGAGUGCUGGACUCCUGAAGAGAAGCACACGAUGCACUGCAGAAACCUUCAGAUCGGGCCUAAAGAUGCUCUCCGCCUUUGCUAAACUUGCCCUGCUGGGUUUGGAAAAGAGCAGCUUUAUUUACACCCAUGAAGAGGUUUCCUCCUGCGGCCUGAGUGAUGAUGAUGUUCAGUUCGGGUUCCUGAGGCCCGUCGGUCACUACGAUGCGUGUGGUGCUUCGGCAAAGUACGAGUUUCUCCAUGUGACACUGCAGUCAUUUCUGGCUGCGGUUUGCCUUGUCUUGGAUUUGAACAUCGUCUCAGAUGAGAUCCUGAGGUUCUUCUCUAAGUGUGAGUUUCAUAAGACAUCCCAUUUGAUCUGCUUGUCCUGUUUAGGGAUGUCGUCUCAUCCAAUAAAUUCAGAUCCUUUUCAGACAAAUGAACACUUUCAGUUUGCAAACCUGUUCCUAUGUGGUCUGCUUUCCAAAUCCAACACCUUCCUCCUGGAGCACCUCGUUCCUCCAGCAUCCCUGAAGAAAAAGCGAAAGGCUUUGAAAUCCUACCUUUCCUCCAGCAUAAAGACACACCUCAGCGGCCUGCCUCGCUGCCCAAGCACUGAUAUUGAGGGAAAUAAAGUUCAUGUGAUGCCAAACUUCCUGUGGAUGCUGCGCUGUAUAUUUGAGAUACACAGCAAGGACGUGGCUCGUCUAACAGCUAAAGGGAUCUCAGCAGAUUACCUCAAACUUGCAUACUGUAACAUCUACUCAGCUGACUGCAGCGCUCUCAACUUUGUCCUUCAUCACCACAGGAAGCGUUUAGCAGUUGAUCUGGACAACAACAACAUCAGUGACUAUGGUGUGAAGCAGCUUAUUCCUCUGUUCAGCAAAAUGACUGUGGUCAGGUUUUGUGUGAAUCAGCUCACAGACAGCAGUGUGGAAGUUUUGGCUACAGAACUCCUUAAACACAAAAUCGUAAAAGUUUUGGGGCUGUAUAAGAAUCACAUUACAGACAUCGGAGCCAAACUGGUGGCACAGAUAAUUGAAGAGUGUCCUCACAUCAGAACCGUGAAACUCGGCUAUAAUCAGAUCACAGCCGAGGGGGCGACAUUUCUUGCUGAAGCUAUUCAGAAAAGUAAAUCGAUCUUCGAUGUUGGCAUGUGGGGAAAUAGCAUCGGAGACGCCGGGGCUCACGCUUUCGCUGAGGCAAUAAAGAACCACAGCAGUUUAACGAACCUCAGUCUGUCGGCAAACGGGAUCAGCUCUGAGGGAGGAAAAAGUUUAGCAAAAGCGCUAACACAAAAUAACAGCCUUCACAUCUUCUGGCUGAUUCAAAACAAAAUCUCAGACGAUGCAGCUGGGGAGCUCGCCAAAGCCUUUGAGAUGAACUCAGCACUCACACACCUGAUGUUAAUUGACAAUCAGUUUUCUGCUUGUGGAGUGGAACAGCUCAGUGAAGGUCUAAAACACAACAUAACAAUAAAAGAAGUCAAUUUAAAGGGGAAUCAGGUCAGUGUGGAGGACGAGUCUCGCUUCAGCGAUGAGAAAAGACUUAGAUUCUGCUGAGAGAUUCAACAACAGAAUGUCCUGUUACAUGACUGCUGCAGUGUUUCCACACCUGUACCAGAGUAUCUAACCCUGGAGCAGAGAGAACCUGCACAGAAAUGCACAUCUCAUUAAUAUACACACAGUAACCUGAGCUCAGGAUCAAAUCUGAAAAACCUCAGCACUACCUGCUGUAGCACCAUGCAGCUCAGGGAGCUUACUGGAUCUUUACUGCCAGCGUGAAUUUUAACUAUUUUGAAAAACUGUUUUUAUAAACAAAUGAUUACAAGAUAUUACUAUCUUCUCCCUAAAGACUUGAGAGAUGGCAGAGAUGUGUGAUGAAACAUCUUCCUACUGAUGUCUGUAAAUAUCCAUCCGUCUGUUUCAGCACAGAGGGACUCUAUUAAACACCUCCACCGGCUCCCUCUUUAUUCUAAUUCUCAUUUUAUUAAAACAGAAUCUCCAGAAAAAAUCUCCUCCACCUUCUCAGGUUUCUUCUCUUUUCUCCCCCAGUGUCCUGCUACAGAAAUAAAAGUUAAAAUGUCUAAA